AUGCCAGUGUCCUAUAAUGACUAUGUCGCGCACGUGGCUUUACGGAACCCUAGUCUAGGGGCCCUCUCGGCUUUCAUCAACCAAAGACCUCGAAAAGUUCACAACAGCAGAAUAUUAUAUGCCGAAGUCGAACAGAAUGGUCAAAUUGGACUGCCUCAGAAAACAAUUGCCAAUGCCCUCAUGAUGCAGCUUGAUUCUGUACCCACCAACAGCAUACUGGCGGUCGUGGAGGAUAUCCACCAGGAAGACAUCGAAAUCUUCGGCUCGGUGCUGGGAAUCAAUCCCUUCUUUUUCUGCGGCCAUAUUGCAUCUUCGUAUCGUGAUAUCGAGAAAUCUGCUUCACCGCCACUAUUGGCGCUUCCGCCAUCUCAAAUGGUUUCUCGAGAAUUUCUGAACAUUCAUUACCAGAAAGUGAUCGACUUGGGCAGCGAGUAUGAUAUGGGCCAUGCACCCUAUGAUCUCACUCUGCUCUCAAAUAUCCCGAGAAGUAUCCGUCGGCUACCAGCCUUGUCUGGUAGAUCUAUCGGCCUUGUACGAGGAUGCACCUCGGUACUCAAGCACGACUUGCCGGGCGGUUUCUGGAUAUGCUUGAUACUUGUGGAUCCUACCGCUGAUAUAGUAGCACAUUCAGCCCGCGAUAUCUCCGGCUCGUAUAAAUCACGAAUUUCUCAAGUCCCGCGCCGAAUCCCUAGCGAGAGUUCCAGGGAGCUACCAAGCUACGCCGAAUUCCAAAAGUCAGACCAAACCAAUGUAGACCCUCGAGGUUCAGCGCCAUGCGAAGAACUGCUGGGCCUAUAUGGUACAUUUCCCCCGGGGUGGAACAAUGGAAAGCCCAGCAUAAUUUCCCUUGCUUAUCAUCCAAUCCAAAGCGUAAAUCGGGAGUGGAUGCUGUACGGAUCGCUGAUGAGCCGGUACAUCAAAUACUACGAGUACUCGUUCUCGACCGUCUCAUCCCGCCUGGAGCAUUUCGAGAGACAUGAUAUUGUGGAUCUCCAUCGGUGGCGUCGACGGAGCCAGCAAACCCUGCAUAAGCUACAGAUGGUGCGACUGUUCAUCGAAUACCGGCAUAAAAGAAGGGGCACGCUGUUCCCACAGUCGGAUUCUAACGGGGAAACUUCGCAGCAGGAUUCGUCUUCGUGGGACCUAUUGCUGAUGGACAUCCACCACCUGGAAGACCAGAUCAACCAGCACGCUCGAUCCAUUGAAACGCUGAACCCUAUCAUCACUACGCUCGUGCAACUCAUCGACUCGCACAAAUCUAUUGCACAGGCCGAGGAUAUCCGACGCUUGACAUAUAUCGCUAUUGCCUUCGUCCCGCUGUCGUAUAUCAGCGGUAUCUUCAGCAUGAGCGACCCGUACCAGCCCGGCGGAAAGUCCUUCUGGGUCUAUUGGGUGAUUGCAGUGCCCGUAGCGGCAUUGAUAAUGGGGUCCUUGAUGCUAGAGAACAGAAUUGCCGUUCUCUUCAGACUCUGUAGAAGGCUAGCCAGAAAUUGA